GCGAUUUUCAAACAUUUUUGCGGCCCCCCCACAGCCUGUCUAACACGAAGCUGUCGUCCGCCUCAUCCAUGUUUUGCGGGAGUCCUGGGCCCCGGCACACCGGCUUUGGCUCCAAUCAUGUCGGCAAAGAAUGCAGCGGCUGGCGGCGGUGACAGAGCGGGAAGCGAACCGGCAGGAAGAUCGAUCCAUUGAUACAUACUAUAUAUACACAUUUGUUAAAGUGCAGCAGAUGCUCAUUCAGGUCUUAAGUGAAUGGACGAGUUAAAGACCAGAUGAGCCUGAGAGAACAGCUGAAGGAGCUGGGUAAACGGAUGACGUGCUGGUUGAGGAAGAACAAAGCAGGUCAGUGUCUCUGUCCGGCUUGAUGUCUCCGUCUCUGACAGCCGGUAUGUCCCUCAACAUGGAAAUGCACAGGAAACGCAAGGGCAGCACAGACAACCAGGAUUCAAAGCUGGCUGCAAUUGAGGAUGGAGAUGUGGAAGAUGACCAAAACAGGUCAGAUGGAGAAGACCAACAUGCCAAAAUAAAGUGCUUCAGGGAACCUCAUAGCAAAAUUGAGAAAAGGAGACGGGAAAAAAUGAACAAUCUCAUUAACAGGCUUUCAGCCAUGAUACCGACGUGUAACCCCAUGUCUCGUAAGCUGGACAAACUCACCGUGCUCCGGAUGGCGGUGCAGCAUCUCAAAUCUCUCAAAGGUUCAGCUAGCACGUUUUCUGAAUCUAGUUACAAACCAUCAUUCCUCCCUGAUGAGGAGCUUAAACACCUAGUCCUCAAGGCUGCAGAUGGGUUCCUGUUUGUAGUGGGCUGUGAUCGUGGAAAAAUAGUGUUUGUAUCAGAGUCCGUCACGACGAUAUUAAAUUAUAGUCGGACGGAGCUGAUUGGACAGAGUUUGUUUGAUUACAUCCACCCUAAAGACAUGGGGAAAGUCAAAGAGCAGCUGUCUGCUUCGGAAUUACAUCCUCGCGAACGACUAAUAGAUGCUAAAACUGGUGUUCAGGUCCAGGCUGACCUCCCUGUUGGUGCAUCACGGUUGUGUUCUGGUGCACGUCGCUCGUUCUUUUGUCGAAUGAAGUACAACAAAAUACCUGUCAAAGUGGAAAACAAGGAAUCCCAGGCAAACGCCUCCAAAAAGAAAGAGACGCAGAAGUACUGCACAGUCCACUGCACAGGCUACAUGCGCAGCUGGCCCACCAGUCAGAUGGGAGCAGAGGGCGAGGGUGAGGCAGAGAAGCAGGAUAGCUCCUUCAGCUGCCUGGUGGCGGUGGGACGCAUCCACUCCCACGCUUCUCCUCAAGUGAACAGGGAGGUCCGAGUUAAACCCACGGUGUUCAUCACGCGCUACGCCAUGGAUGGCAAAUUCACCUUUGUUGAUCAAAGAGCAACGACUGUUCUUGGUUAUCUUCCUCAAGAACUACUCGGGACAUCCUGCUACGAGUACUUCCAUCAAGAUGACUUACUACAUUUAGCUGAUAGACAUCGAAAAGUGCUGCGGAGUCGAGAGAAAAUAGAGACAAACUGCUAUAAAUUCAAAACAAAACAUGGUUCUUUUGUCACUCUGCAAAGUCAGUGGUUUAGUUUUGUAAAUCCCUGGAAUAAAGAAGUAGAAUACAUAGUGUCAACUAACACCGUUAUAUCGCAUGACAACAGUCGAACAGGACGAUCGGGAAAUAAGUCGGAUCAGUCAAGCAAUUCCAAGAUUUCAGAAGACUGCAAAAAGUCCCUUCCAGUGAUACCAGGCAUCUCCUCUGCACCUGGAACCAUGAUUUAUGCUGGGAGCAUAGGGACCCAGAUCGCCAACGAGCUGCUGGAUUUUAACAAGCUGAACUCAUCCCCUUCCAGUGGAAACACGAGUCCUUUCAGCCAGCCACAAGAUAAAUCUCCUCAAACACUCAAUCAAAUCAGCAACAGUGUGCCAAUGGGCGAAACAUCUGACAUGGAGAUUCCAGGAAAGUCGAGCUCUGAGAGUGAGCCUCAGGGAGCUUCAUUCUCAGGAGGAGACUCUCUGAUGGGGGAAAAUUCCCAGCUGGAUUUGGACAGUGUAGUUGGACCUGGUCUCAACAGUCUUAGUAACGAUGAAGCGGCCAUGGCGGUGAUCAUGAGCCUCCUGGAGACGGACACAAACUUCGGAGAAGCCGUAGACUUUGAAGAGAUGCACUGGUCUUUGUAAAACCUGCAUUACAGCUGCUGGGAGACAUUGUGGGACCUUAAAAUUCACAAAGCAGCAUUUAGUUUUUUUUUAAGGACAUUAAAUUAUUAGUUGCCCCUUUUGAGCAUAAGCUGUGGAGUGUUUGGGUGGUUGCUCUGAAAAGAACUGGACUGGUGAAAAUAAGGGACACUUAACGCCUUGCAGCAGUCUGUUUGCCCUGAAACACUGUUCCUCAGUACUUAAACCUAGACUUCUUCCUUCCAACAAACAUAGAUGGUGGCAUUACAAAAAAGUCUUUUCACUUGGUACUGUAUGAUUAAUUAAAGCGAAAUGUGAGGAAGAAAGCUUGACACCAGACAGCGCCUCUGCUUGGUUAAUACCACGCCAGAGCAAAUCCUCCGCCUUUUAGAGUAAACCACGAUGUGGCGCUCAGAAAGUUUCUCAUUAUUGGUGGAAACGGCCCCGUCACCUCUUCUCAUGCAUGCUGACCCAAACACGCUGUGCAUGUGUGUCUUAAAGGGACAGUGUGCAUCAGAAGGUUCUCGUUCUAAUGUGGAAGAAGAGUUUUUUUUUAUCCCUAUACAUUUAGGAGAAAGUAACUCGUUGUAUGAGUGGGCACCACAGAACAACUUCAUGCAAAGCGGAAUAAGGCGCUUUAAAAGUGCUGAAAAUAAGGUUCAAAUGCAACAGCCAAACAACCGGAGAAGAGGGGACUCAGGGAGUUAACCAGUUUAAAGUUUUACGUGCUUUCCUACCUGCUGUACCUGAUACUUGUUGUCACGAGUACUAGUUCACCUGCGCAUCCGUCGUUCUGCAGGUAAACCACCACUUUGUGUUAGGGGUUUUUGUUUAAUGUACUUUUAUUAUCAUGCACUGACUUGUUUCUGGACACGUAUUAAUGUUUCAUGUGCUAAUUUGAAGCACACAGCGUCAUGCCAUCAAGGAGUUGUGUUAUGCAGAACCAUCAUUCCUUAAGUUCUAAAUUAAAAUAUGUUCAUAAAGUUUUUUUUUUCUUUUAACAGUUUGUGCAUGAUUCCUGAAGUUACAAGAACACUUACUGUCUCAUAGGUUUGGGUAGAACUUGGGAGUCCUUGAACUUUAUGAAUUCUGUCACCUUUUACCUCAAAUGAAGUUCUGACCUUUCUCUUAGAUCUGCACAUUUUAGCUUUUUGAUUAUUUUGGUUGGCAAUCUAUUGCUCUGUCAUAUGGUGUCAAGUCUUUGUUACUACAUUGCAGAAACAUUUACAAAAAUGGUCAUUUUCCGUCUUAAAUGGACAGUCUUGCUAAUUUAGCUGAGAUAAUAUUUUUGGUUUUUACCUAUAGGGUCAGUUGAAGAAAGCUAAUGUUUUAUCUGUUUUCUAGGUUCUAAGCAUUUUGUUUCAAAUUGUAAAAUGUAACAAUUCCCAUAACUUUAGUUCAAUUCUUUAUGCAGCUAAGCAGAGUUAACAUUAAGCUCUUUGUAAAUCCUGGGGACUGCUGUGUAUGUGACAUUUACCCGUUUGGUUUAAGGUGUUGUAAGUCCGAUUGAAAGCAACAUUAGUAUUUUAACAAAAUUUGUUUUUCCAAGUUUUUUUUUUCAUUUUACCUUAAAUAGUAAGUACAUCUACAGCCAAACAUGGGUUAGUUUGAACUGUGUUGAUAUCUCAGGCCACGAUUUAGGAAUUGCACAAGGACUGUUAAGUAGGAACUCUUGUUUCUACGGUCAAACAAGUUCUUGUGAAUUGUGAAGAAAACUGUCUGUUAUGCUUGAAUUGUGAAGAGCUGGCUGAUGGAGCUGCUGAACCCACAGGAUCCCUCCUGCCUGUGUCCGAAGUGCCUUUGGUCAUUUGUUCUCGGACACAAUCCCAGCAUAUUGACCGGACGGCUGAAAUACAGCAUCGGAUUAAAGUGAUACUGGCAUUCGUCCUAAAUGACAUGGACGAGGAGACUAAACACAAGCUGGACAUGUUGGUUUCUGUACCAAACAUGCAAUGCUAUGGAGCCAUGCCAUAGAUGCUAACUGGUAAUUUUUAAAGAAAAAUGUCAAUUUUGUAAACAUAUUUUUGUUCUUCCUGUGCAUAUUCUUCCAUGAUUUCAGUGUUGUGGCUGUCAUUUCCCUAGAAAACUAAUAUAUAGCCCAAAUAUCAUUUAUUGAAAUUUUUGUCUUCUUUUUCCACAAAUGUUUUUGUCUCCAUUUGAAAUAAAAAGUAGUUUUUCAAAAGCCAGAAA